UCUCUUCUCCAUCUGCUCGUGCGGCGGCUGCGAACCUUCUGCCCUAUUCCGGCCACGAUCUCCAACAGGUUUGUACACCGACGUGGUUUAAUUUGGAGAGACGCUCAUUGUUGUUCUCCUUUGUCAGGAUUUUUGAAAACUUAUAUUCUGAUUUAUCGACACAACAGUUUGAUCGCUUAUGCCAAGAAGAAUUUGCACCAUGGUUCAAAUCAUAUGUUCUUGAUAAUCAAACUAACCUUCAGCAAGAAUUUUUAAUCCAUCUGGCAUGGGGUCCAAAAGCAAUGGUACGCACUUGGCCAGCUUAUUUCAUAAAUGGAUAUAAUUUUCAUACUGAAAAUUAUGGAAUGGGAAAAACUACAAUGAAUAGUGGAGUUUAUGUUAAGUCAUCCAAUGAUGGAGAUGCAAGCAAUGAUUUUUAUGGUUUGCUGGAUGAAAUUUUAGAGAUAGAAUAUCCUGGCCCAGAAAUGCGAGUAAUUCUAUUCAUGUGUCGUUGGUUUGACCCUAUCAAAGGGAUGAAGGUGCAUCCACGAUAUAAUUUGGUUGAAAUAAAUCAUAAGAGAUUGUACAAGAAAUAUGAACCAUUUGUGUUGGCACAGCAAGCAAUUCAAGUUUUCUAUGCUUCAUAUCCUAGUCUGAAACGUGACAAAGUUGAUUGGUGGGCCGUUUGUAAAACGAAAGCACGGAAAAAAAUUGAGGAACGUUGGGAGGACAUUGCUUAUCAACAAGAGAAAGUUACAAAUACAUUUCAUACUGAGGAAUAUAUUAUUCCAACGUUACGAGAUCCCAGCGGAGUAGUCAUAAACGUAGAUGCAACUGAAAUUGAUAUUGAUGAUGAUGAUGAUGAUGAUGAUGAUAAGGAGGAGGAGGAGGAGGAGGAGGAGGAGGAGGAGGAGGAUGACGACGACGACGACGAUGAUGAUGACGACGAGGAUGAUAAUGACAAUGAGGACUUUGAUUUUUUGUAAUGGGUAAGUUUUGUUAUCUUAAUAAAAUAAAUUUUAUGAUAUUUUAUUUUCAGAUAUGAUACUGAUUUUUUAGGAGCAAAUUUAGUUUUAAUCUGCAAAUUACAAAACUCAUAGCUCAAUUAGUUAAUCUGUCUCAAUUAGUAUAUAAUUAUUUUAUUUUUUCAUUUUUAUAUUUUAUAUGUUAAUACUCUGUAGUUUUUU